AAGUUAAAUGAAUGAUGAAGUAAUAUCGUUGUGUCCUUUUUCUUUUAAACAUUAUCCUAUAUCAAAGCUGAGUUAGUUGAAUGUAUUUAUAUUUAUACUUGCAAUAUAAUAGUAGAUCGAGUAACCUACGGCACUGACAACGAGUUACCAGAAAAGAGUAAAAUGGAAGAUGAUGCUGUUUAUGAUAAGGCAAGUGCUGGUGCUUCACAAACUUACCCUGCUCAGUGCUCCUCUUUGCGUAAGAAUGGCUAUGUGAUGUUACGGGGCCGCCCAUGUAAAAUUAUGGAAAUGAGUACUUCAAAAACAGGAAAACAUGGUCAUGCUAAGGUACAUCUUGUUGGCCUAGACAUCUUCACCAAUAAGAAAUAUGAAGAUUUGUGUCCUUCAACUCAUAACAUUGAUGUCCCUAAUGUUAAUCGCAGUGAUUUCCAGCUUAUAGACAUCAGCGAUGAUGGUUACGUUUCCUUGAUGGAUGAGAAAGGUGACACUCGAGAUGACCUAAAAAUACCUGAAGGUGAACUGGGACAGAAAAUAAGAGAGGAUUAUGGUAGAGAUGAUGCAACUGUUAUUGUGACAGUGCUAUCUGCUGUUGGUGAAGAGGCCAUCAUUGCUAGCAAGAAUGCCACCAACUGAAUUAUGUAAUGACAGAAGGAGAGAUGAAGCUAUAAUGCUAUGAAGUACAGUGUUGUAUUGCAUUUCUACAUGUAACAAGUUUAACUUGACUACGUGGGUUUUGGUUUGAACAUUACAAUGCAAAAUAACGAGGAACUACAUUUUGGGGACUUACAGAAGUUUUAGGUAGCUCCCUAAGUUGCUUUUUUGUAAUUUGCAUAUCUUGAAAGGUUUUUUCGGAUGAUAUUGACAAGUGAGAUGAGUAUUAUUUUGGUCCUAAUCCCAAAAAGAUGUAGAAGUUAAAAACAUAGUGUGCUGCUUGUUUUCCUUUGGUCAUCAGUGGUCAGAACUUUGUUCUGCAAGAAAUUCUUAAAGAUGAUAAUGAGUUGAUAAAUUAUAAAUUUGUUUAAAGACUCGAGGCUUUUUUUUUUUUUAACUCUCAGCCUUAUGCAUUGUUUUAUGUAGGUUGUUCCAUUGUAAAAAUUGUGUAUAAACACAAUUUCUUUACAGUUAUUUACAACAAUUAUGAAAGCUGAAAUACUAGCAGUUUACAUGCAGUGAACAUGAAAAAAAAUAAAAACCUGGUUAAGGUGUUAUUUGAUUGUCUGCAUUUUUGGGUUUUUACAUUUCAUUCUUUGAUUAAGGCCUAGAGUAACUUCAAAAGUAGAAAUUUUAAGUUAUUCCCAGUAAAUUUAUUUGUGGCAGUGUAGUCUUAAAUUUAGACUUUAAAAUAUAAACUGCAUAUCUUUGUUUAUUUGCAGUGUUGUUAGUAUUUAUUAAAGAAGAAUAUUUGUAGUCUGAAAAUAAGGUUUAGUAGACUAUCCCUUUCACAACAUAUUCAGUUUAAUUUUUUUAUAUCACUGUUUUUACAUGUCGCUUUAAAAUGGAGCUGAUUCCCCCAAGACAUCUACAACAAAUAUCCUCUAAAACAUGUAAUUUUUUAAGGCACUUUUUUUUUUAAACUUGGGCAAUAAACAAUAUCUACAUGGUCAAAUGUGCUUUUGGAUCCAAUACCUUAUCCUUUUUGAGAGGAUUACUCCAGAAGUGUUUCCUCAGAUGAAAUUUAAAUGUCAACAACAUUAUAGCAGUAGUAUGUACAAAUUGUGCUAUUGUUACGUUACUGCCAUUUUAAACUUGUUCUGAGGAUACUUCUCAAGUAGCUUGAUAAUGGUUCCAGCAUUGGAUCUAAAAGCUUGUUUCAAUAAAUGGGUUAGAAUGUGUAGAUAUUUUGUUAAUUGUCAAAAUAAUAUUUAUAUAUAUAUGUUAAGAGUCUUGAAGAAUAUUUAUACCUUUUUAUCUAUCAAGCAUAGUAAUAUAACAUUCCUUGUGACCUUUGUUGUAAACUUAGUAUAUUUGUUAGCCACUGUAAACCUGAUUGUUGACUGCAACACUUUCAGUAGGAUAAAGUAUUUGGAAAUAGUACUUAUGUGGUAAUUGUUAUAAUAAAAUGGUAUUGCCAUGUUUCUUAAAUUGUUUUAACACUGUAAGGCAUCUGUAGAGACUACAGUAUAAUACAGAAAAUUCCAAGGUCUUUUAUUUUAAUUUAGUUUUUGUAGAAAAUGCUAUGGAAUGCAGAAAGUUCCAAAGUUUUUUUUAUUUUAAGAUAAAAUAUACUGAUAGUACGAGAUGACUAAUUUGAGCUAUGACAGUUGAAACUUGCCAUUGAAAACACAUGGAUAAGAAAUGAGCAAAACGUUUAUUUUUGCUUGUGUAAAGUGACCUUAAAGUUACAAGGUAUGAAUCCUCCCCCAUUCCACCUUCUAAGUUGUUUCUAUCACAAAUUUGUUUUGUAUAGAUAUGAACAAGGUUUUAUAGUAAAGUACUUGUAUCAUGCAUAGCCAGUCUAAUUUUUGAAUUGGAAGAAGUAAUGGAAGUGGCAAACAAAAGAUGAGUUAGUUUAUUAUGUAAAACAAUUAUCUUAUAAACUGUAAUGGUCUUGAUAAUAAAGCUGUUCACACAAUUCAA